AUGCCCAUGUUCUUUAACUGGACCAGACUGGGAAGAAAACGCAGCAGGAAACUGAAAAAUGAGCUCAACGAAGACGAACUUCUGCAUUUUGUUGUUGCAGAAGCUGACAGCAUUGUAACUUUGCAUUCGUUUAAGGAUAAAUGUGAACCUGUUUUUCUCUUAAGUCUUAAUGGAAAAAUCAUUGCAAAAAUUGAGGGUGCAAAUGCACCUCUUAUUAAUAGAAAGGUAACUAACUUGAUCAAUGAAGAGAGGAAGAUUGUAGCAGGGGAAAUGGAACGCCCUGAGUAUAAUGAAAUUUUGCUCAUGGAUUUAGAUUUAGAAGAGAAUGAGGAAGCACAUGGCGAUAAUGUAGAGGAACAUUACUCUAUUAUUCUUAUCAGACCUGAUGCUGUGGUUAAUAAUAAAGCUUUGGAAAUUAAAAAAAAAAUUAUCAAGGAGGGAUAUGUCAUAGAAGUAGAGGAAGCAAUGAUGCUCACUGAAGGACAAGUGAGGGACUUCUACGGUCAAAUAGAAGAUGAGCCUGACUUUGAAGAUUUUGUGUCUUUAAUGACAACUGGAUUAAGCUAUGUGCUAGUUGUAUCUCCAGGAAAUGAAAAACCAGAUUCCCUAGAAGAAGCUCAGCUGGAUAUAGAAUCUAACGAACCACCUGAAGAUCUACCUGAGGCUGAAGUUAAUGACACAUUAACCACAAUGAAGAAGCUACCUGAGGCUGAAGAAGUUAAUGACACAUUGGACACAUUGGCCACAAUGAAGAAGCAGGACAGUUUACAAGCACUUCUGGAUCGACAACACAUAUCUCAGUAUUGUGAUAUUGAAGAUGAUGCAACUAAUGUUGCCAGGCUCCUUGAUGUUUUCUUUCCUGAUUUUAAAUUAAUGAAAAGCAGGAACGAAGGAAAGACAAUGGCACUGCUGCGACCAGAUCUUGUUCAUGAAAGGAAAGAUGAGGUUUUGGAUAUUAUUGAAGCUGAAGGCUUUAAAAUACUGUAUCAAAGACAAACAGAAUUGUCCGAAGAAGAAGCUCAAAUGCUGUGUGAGGAAUAUGAAAAUGAAGACUACUAUGACAAACUUAUAGAAAAUAUGAUGAGUGGUCCAUCUCUUCUCCUUGUUUUAUUGAGAGAAAAUGGUUUACAAUACUGGAAAAAGCUACUGGGACCAACAAAUGUUAAUGAAGUCAAUGAAGAUUUUCCAGAGAGUUUAUGUGCUCGGUUUGCAAUGGAUGGACUGCCUUUCAACCAGUUGUAUGGAAGCGAUUCCAGCGAAAUUGCUCAAAGGGAUAUAGAGUAUUUCUUUCCUCUUCAGAGCACUUUAGCAUUGAUUAAGCCUCAUGUAACACAUGAACAAAGAGAGAUCAUCCUAAAGAUCAUCAAGGAUUCAGGAUUUGAACUGACUCAGUUGAAGGAAAUAGUCCUAACUCCAGAAGAGGCAAAAAAAGUUUAUUUCCGAAUAGAAAAAAAAGAGUUUUAUAAAGAUGUGUUGGCAGUAUUAGCUGAGGGCCCAUCUUUGAUCAUGGUUCUGACAAGGUGGAAUGCUAUUGCAGAAUGGAGAAGAUUGAUAGGUACAGUUGACCCAGAGGAAGCAAGACUACUGUCCCCAGAAUCCAUCCGAGCCAGAUUUGGAAUAAAUAUUUUGAAAAAUGCUGUCCACGGAGCAUCAAAUACCCUCGAGGCAUCAGAGGCCAUUAGUAGAGUGUUUGGAGACGAUGAGAAUCCAGAGAACAAUUAAAAACUGUAAGAAGAUAAUGCCUAGGUUCACAUCAUCAUAUAAUUGUGUGUCACAGCUUCCGGGGAGGAAUAAUAAGAAAGUCCUUGUUUGGAGGAAAUCCUCAUCUCAAGAUGAAAAAAUGCAUGGUUAUGAACAAUAAAACUUUAGCCUCCCCAAACAAA